UAUUCUGCUCCUACCAUCUGUCAAUCAUGACGUAGACAAACUAUGGCAUCGAUUCAAUCAUCAUCGUGUGUAGUUAAUGAUCUUGAAAUCGAAUCACCAAGUUGUUGGUGUGGUUUGAAAGCGCCAUUAAAGAUCUCCUACACCCACAAUAAUCCUGGACGGAAAUUUUAUGCUUGUCCGAAUUAUCAUACGGGAGAAAGAAAAUGUAAAUUCUUCAUUUGGGCAGAUAUACUUCAAUCAGUAUUAUCUGAGAAAAACUUGACAAGAGAUAAUGAUCUUCGGAAGAGGGAGGAUGCUGUAUUGUUGCGUGAGUAUGAAGCUAAAAAAGAAAAAGACAAACUAAUAGAUAGAGAGCAAAUGCUGAAGAAGCAUGAAGACGAGCUUCGAAGAAGGAUAGUAGAGAAUAGGGUCGUACGUAUAUUGUUGUGUCUAUAUUGGUUUGUAUCUCUUGUAAUAGUUUUUGGUUGGUGGUGA